ACAUUGCGUAUACGCCGUGUAACAGCGACGACUUCCACCCCUUUAAAAGAGAAACUCGUUUCGCUCUCUUAGAUUCCACAAACCGGCUUGCACAGCCACCCUUCUCUGGCAAAAGUCACCACCCACCACCCACCUGAAAUCAACAUUACGUAUACGCCGUGUAACUGGACUUUCCACCACCCGCCCCUCGCUUGGGCAACUCUCUCUUAAGUUCCACAAGCCGGCUUGCGCUCUCUUUCUCUGUGCAAUUUUUCGGCAAUCCUCUCUGGGAACUUCAGUGCCACCACCCAUCUACUAGCAACCCACCACCCACCGGGCGGUCGCCCUUGCGCUACUUUUGCUCCGUCUCUUCUUCUUCAUCGCUUAGCGUAACGUAAAAACGCCGAAGUCUCUGUCUCUGGCAGUUGCUACUGCCUCUGACUCGGCCCGUAUCUCGUUGACCUCAUUUUGUGUGCGAAACUCAAAGCGGCAGGUUGUGCGUCCCGGCAAAAAAAAAAGCCAUCCCGAAAAAACUGAAUCAAAAAAUUCGUCAAAAAAAAGAAAAUGUGCAAUAAAGUUAUUAAUUUUUAAAAAUUGUGUUUUAAUUUAUAUUUUAAUACAAAAAAAUAAAAAAAAAAAAUGUUUCAAAAAAUAGUUAUGAGUUUUUCUGAUUUAUGGCUGACUUUUCUUGAUUCUAAAAAAAAAGACAAACCCCAAAAUUCAAAUAGAAAUUUUCCAUUUUAAUAAACAUAUAUGAAAAUUAAAUAUUUGUGUUGUUUAUGAUUUUUUUGUACCCACCUAAGUGAUAAGUUGUGCGACAAACCCUGCUCUAAAGAAAAUAACAAAAAGAGACCUAGAGCCACCCCUAACAACAACAUCAACCCCCCUGGAAAAAGUCGAAGCCAAAAAAAUUCUUUGAAGCGGCAAACUUUGUGCGGCGUUGUUGUUGUCUGUGGUCGGGUGGCAUUUAAGAUUUAUUGUUGUUUUGUCUGCAGAUAAUAUUUGACCUCGUUUACAUGCAACAUCGUCCGAUAACAUAACAAAAAAAGUUGAUAUACCUAUUUUAUUGGCAAGAGUGCUCAGUGUUUUGGGAGUUCAUAAAUCUCCAUCGGAUGUAAGGGCAGUGCUUAGAAAGACAAAAACCUCAAGUACUUGUGUGCAAUGUGUGUGCCAUAAAAUAAUCCUCAAUUAAACAACGCUAUCCAAGAGACACUGAGAUAAACCUUGAUCCUCAAAACGAAGAAAGCAACAGCCUCGAGAUGGCCGAACUAAUCAGUCAGCCCACUAAAAUUAACAACAAUAAUUUUGGUGCCGGCGUCACAAUGCGCGAGAAAAAGGGAGGAGCCCUGCAGAAGCUCAAGAAGAGGCUAUCGCACAGCUUUGGCAGAUUAACAAUCUCGCGGGAAGAUGGCGAUGACUCGACGCACCACCACCAUCACCACCACCACCAUCGCGGCGGACACGGUGGCCAUCACAAUCACGGUAACAAAGUUCCAUACAACGGCUACAAUUCGGAGGAAUACUUGGACCGGCUCGAACCCAAUGGCAAUAUACCCGCUGACAAAACAAAUUGCAGAUACGGAGACUGGCGCAGCACGGACAGCACCGACCACCAUGAUCGUGUCCAGAGACAACUGUCCGUGUCCUCCGACAGCAAGCUGCUGGACGACGACAUCCGGGAGGAGAUGAAGUACCACUCGCACGUGGUCAUGCGUCCCAAGAAGCCGCCCAGACCCAAGUCCGAGGUAUUUCUCAACAAGCAGGAUCCGCAUCCGCGACGCAAACGAUUCAGUGCAUUUGGUGGCGACUCCCCAUUCGGCAAGCAGGAGGCCUACGUCAAACUCGAACCGCUGGGCGAAGGGUCCUAUGCGACGGUCUACAAAGGAUUUAGCAAAUUAACCUACCAGCGGGUGGCGCUCAAGGAGAUCCGGCUGCAGGAGGAGGAAGGGGCUCCCUUUACCGCCAUUCGCGAGGCCUCGCUGCUGAAAGAACUGAAACACAGCAACAUCGUCACGCUCCACGACAUCGUACACACGCGCGAGACGCUGACCUUUGUCUUUGAAUAUGUGAAUACGGAUCUGUCGCAAUACAUGGAGAAGCAUCCUGGCGGCCUGGACCAUCGCAAUGUGCGCCUGUUCCUGUUCCAGCUGCUCCGCGGACUUUCCUACUGCCACAAGCGGCGCGUCCUUCACCGCGACGUCAAGCCGCAGAACCUGCUCAUCAGCGACUGCGGCGAGCUGAAGCUGGCCGACUUCGGCCUGGCCCGGGCCAAGAGCGUCCCCAGCCACACCUACUCGCACGAGGUGGUCACGUUAUGGUACCGUCCUCCAGAUGUCCUGUUGGGCAGCACCGAUUACUCAACCUCGCUGGACAUGUGGGGCGUGGGCUGCAUCUUCGUGGAGAUGGUGACCGGAAUGCCGACGUUUCCGGGAAUACGUGAUACCUACGACCAGCUGGACAAGAUAUUCAAACUACUCGGCACACCCACCGAGGACACGUGGCCCGGCGUUACCCACUUUCCCGGCUACAAGCCGCACAAGCUGGGUUUCUAUCGACCGCGGAAACUGGGUCACAACUUCCCACGACUGUACGACAUCAUCGAGGGCGAGACGAUAGCGAACGCCUUCCUGCAACUGAAUCCGGAGCAGCGUUUGGGCGCCGAUGAUGCACUGCAGCAUCCGUACUUUGCCCAGUUGCCAAAGAAACUCUACGAGUUGCCAGACGAAACCUCAAUAUUUACCGUGGAAGGCGUGCAGCUGUAUACGGAGCCAAAUCGACAGAAUAAAUGAAAAUUAAAGCAAGUCCUCUCCGUGGAUGGCGUACGUUUCUACUGUUAGGAUAUCCCAGUCCUCAACCACACACACACCCCCCGACAUCGCCGCCUCCUGGACAAUCGAUCAAUCGAAGCCUAUCAAUCACAUCAUCCAGAUAACCAGCAAUCCAGCAAUCUUUUAAUCGGCAGCCAUAUAUUAUUGAGAAGAAGCAAGAAGACUUCAGCUUCAACUUCAGCAAAGUAGUUGGGGCAGCACGAAGAAGUUUUGUACUAUAAUUCUAUGAUACUUUUCCUAGUAGUUACUAGUUCGAUUUGGAGCGAGCUGAAUGAGUGACAGACAGCGGCAUUUUGUUUCAAAUAGUCAACUGUCUUAAAGUUUAGUUUAGAUUUCUCGCAUUCACGCCAUUCAACCAUUGUGUCCUCCUCCCAUCCGUGCAGUUCGCACCGAAAAGGAUACUCAGUUUAGUCAAAAGCGCAUGUUUUCUGUAAUUCAUUUUUUAAGGCAAGCAAAACACACAAAAACAAAAAGAAAACAAAAACAUAAAUAUUUACAUUUUAGCUAUAUGUAGCUUUUAGUGAAUGGAAGUGCUUCUGUGGAUUGCGCAAUAUAUAUUCGUAUGCAAUGAGAGUGAGAGCGAUAUAGUGAGAAGUUGUAUCAUCAUCAUGUUUGCGUUAUAUAAUACGCCCGUGUGUAUUUCGUUUCCAUUAUUUUCCUUUAGCUUUAGUUUUACCAUCGAGGAGAUUUAUUUUUACCGCCUAUGUUGUGCUGUGUAUUUACAUUUUAACUGCAAAUCAAAUCAAAAAGAAUCAUUAGUGAGUAUUUGAAUAAUGGAGUGCAAUUAUAUCACCUAUUCGACUUGAUUGACAAAAAAAAUAACAAAAAACCAAUCGAUUUAAUAAACAGGCAGGCACUCAAAAAAAGCAAACAUUUGCUUUCAAGCCAUUAAUUUAACAAAUUUGGUAGCACAGCCAACGUUUAAAGAAGCAAAAUUAUUUAGCUUUAAUUUCCGCUCACGGCUCUUUAGUCUUUGAUAUCUGAAUGUAUCAUUUUGUCAAUGCUUCCCUUGUCAUUAUCAAAUAAAAAUUCGCUGCGCUGUUAAGUGAUAAUUUUAUAACUAUUACAUGAAUUUAUGUAAAAAGCGAGUAAAAUAACCUAAAAAGAAUGAUAUGUAAAGCAAAUAAAUUUAAAUCAUUUAUACCAUUUAA